UCAUCACAACUUUCUUUUGGAGGGAUCGGUUUUGGGGGUAUACAUCCACGCACUGAUCAGUUUCUUCGGGGCUUCAUACGUUCGACAGAAAGAGAGAAAAAAAAGAGGAUCGAUUUGAAGGGUUCUAGCAUCAAAACAAUCUUUGAUUUUUUAUUUGUUUGUUUUAGAUCGUUGUGUGAAAUUGUUAAUUGAAUCCGUAUUGGAGCGCAUAAUUUCUGAAAAUAAACUCGAUCUCAAAAGGAGCUACCUAAUUAGGGGAUUUACCGAGGCAAUCGAUUCCGUCGGUUGAAUUCGUUUCAGGAAAAAAAAACUAGGGUUUAGUUGGCUGUAACGAUGUCGGUAACGGCGGGUGUUAGUGAUACUGUCAUAGCGGUUAGGGAUAAGCUUCGAGGCAAAAUCGGGCAAACAAAAGUGAAGAGGUAUUGGCCUGGAAAAGCUCCUGAGUGGGCAGAUGAUGGCGAUGAAGAAGGUGAUAUGCGGAUGGCAAGGUCAGUUGCUUUGGAGAAGGCUUUUCCUAGCAGGGAAGAUUCCAAUAUCAUGAAAAGAGAUGAUCGAAGGCUGCGUCGUUUGGCAGAGAAUAGAUUCGAUAAUAAGGAAGAAAUAAGAGCAGAUCAUAGAAGAAUCAGACAAGCUGAGAUCAUUUCAACAGAGGAAGAAGAACAGAGGAGACAAGAAAGGAUAGAAUUUGAAGAAGAUGAUGAAGAUGCUCUUGAUGAACGAAGGAGACGAAUCAGGGAAAAGCUGCUUCAGAGGGAACAAGAGGAAGCUGCCAUGAUUCCUGAAGAAGAAGAAGAGGAGGAAGAGGAAGAAGAAGAGGAGUCAUCUGAAUACGAAACAGAUUCAGAAGAAGAGCAAAUGGGUAUGGCUAUGGUGAAGCCCGUGUUUGUUCCCAAAUCAGAACGCGACACCAUUGCUGAACGUGAAAAGAUCGAAGCAGAAGAACAAGCAAUUGAAGAGUUAAUGAAGAGAAGAGCAGAAGAAAGAAAAAUCGAAACAAAACAGAUAGUUGUGGAAGAAAUCCGUAAAGACCUACAAAUCCAGAAGAACCUCGAAGCAGAAGCCAACAUUGCUGACAUAGAAACAGACGAUGAGUUAAACGAAGCUGAAGAAUAUGAAGCAUGGAAGGCUCGUGAGUAUGCAAGAAUCAAAAGAGAUAGAGAAGAUAGAGAUGCAAUGUCAAAGGAAAGAGAAGAGAUUGAAAGAGUUAGGAAUAUGACUGAAGAAGAAAGAAGAGAAUGGGAGAGAAAGAACCCGAAACCUGCAUCUGCACCUAAACAGAAAUGGAGAUUCAUGCAGAAAUAUUAUCAUAAAGGUGCUUUCUUCCAGGAUGAUCCAGAUGACACUGCUGCAACAGUUGGUGCUGAUGGAAUAUUCCACCGUGAUUUUAGUGCUCCAACUGGAGAGGAUAAGAUGGAUAAGACUAUUUUGCCCAAAGUUAUGCAAGUCAAGCAUUUUGGUCGAAGUGGAAGAACAAAAUGGACUCAUCUUGUUAAUGAAGAUACAACUGACUGGAAUAAUCCGUGGACAUACAAUGAUACACUUAGAGCUAAAUACAACACAAAAAUGGCUGGUAUGAAUGCUCCUAUUGCUAAACCUAAAGGAAAAAAGAUCAAGGAUUGGGAAUCUCGUUGAAGUUUAAUGGAAUAUUUGCAGCUCCAGAUGUGAGAUCACAAGAUUACUGGUUAUGCUCUUCUUUCAUUUUACAUAACUAGAUGUGGUGUUGAAUCAUUGCUUCAGGUAAUUUUUCAUAAGUGGAAAAUUAAAAUAGUUGAUUUUGUUUAUAGAUGGUUUAAUUGUCUGUAAUGAAUGUGUUUAGCUUGGAAAUGGGAAGGCGUAGGGGCAUUAUGCCAUGAAGUUUGUGAUUGACAGUCUAUCAUUUGAAUUAUGUGAUUUUUUGUUUGUAAUUAUAGUCUUAUCAUUUGAAUUAUGUGAUUCUUUCUAAUUUAUUUGAUUAUAAAAGGACGAUGUGAAAAGAAUAGGAAAUUUGAUGAAAAUGAUGGCUGUGGUUUAUACUUCAGAGCUUUUGUAUUUAGUUGUUUCA